UUCGAUAAUAAAUUUACUUGGAACUUUCGCUCCCUGGCCGGGAUGUGGCACCGCCCCUUCCAUUGGGAAUGCCUCGGCUGUUGACGUCUCUUCCUCCGGAUACGGGCCGGCCAGGUCGGAGAGAAGUUGCGGACACCCGAUCGCAGGACACGGGAGGAGGUGCCAAAAUGUCAAGGGUGCAGGAGCUGGUGUCUGAGAGCUUCCGUCUGACAGUUCAGACCCAGAUCAACUGGGAGAUGAUUUUGACACCAAUGUCCACCUCGGUCGCCAUUCUCGCUGACCUGGUGCUUCAGGCGAAGAGCGGGAAGGACUUUCCUUUUCUUCAGGACCCUCAGAGUUCAGAGAACCCCAAGACCUUCCAAGGAAGCCUGCUGGACAUUUGUCUAAAAGCUCCAAACUCCUUCCAAUCAAUCCAUAACAACAUGCGAAAAAUCCACAGCAAUUGUAAGGACAUGCAACACCUCCUGAAGAUGGUGAGGGAGGAGCCCGGUGAGGGCGCGGACCUCCCCCGGAAUGUGAGGAGGAUGGAGAAAAGCAUUAAAAAGUUCGGGGAUGCUGCACGAGAUGUGGGGGUGGAGCUCUCCUCCCUCAACCUGCAGCUGGCUGAGAUACUGGAGAGGUGCUCAGAGACCCAGAGCUGCACUCAGGUUCAGCUCCAGGACAUACGGAGAGCCCUGGACCAAACACGGCAGAGCAUCGAGACUGUCACGGAAGAGAAAGAAACACUAGAGGAGGAGUGGAGCCAAGUUUCCCUGGAGCGGGAGAGGAUCAUGGAAGAACUGAACGAGAGUCAUCAGGACAAGCCAAGCGAAUUUGGAGCCAUCAAACACUGUCUGACUGAGGAAGGCACACCAUGGCCAACAGCUCUUCCUAUGAUCUUGUGUAGCUUCAGAGCAACCCUGAACAAGAAAACUAAACUAAGCCUGUUUCAGGUGUAACAGGACAUCCUUUGUCACUGCUGGGAGUCCUCGAUCUUAGGGAAGCUGAUAUACACAUUAUGUCAGAGAGUUUAGUUAACUCUUGUGUGACACUAACUCGAGCUGUCCAGUCUGCUUCUCAACAAGUUUCUGUCAAUUGAGAAGAGGAGGACACACCCUGUUUCCUGUUGAGUGGGUCCUGAUUAAAAACCAGCAUAAGAAUCCACCAGGAGCUUGAUGGGAAGGUUCUUAUCAAGUGUCAUUAAUUCCAACAGCGGUGAAAGUAGAUCUAAUUAAGUGGAUAUAUGCCAAUCACUGCAGUGGGGCUAAGUGUUACCCAAGGAAGACAACAAGUGCUGUGGUUAAUGUGGUACUAACCUCGUGCUCACAGUGCCUACACUGCUGGGCUACAGUGAAAAAAUCACUAAACAGUCAGACGACUUCAAGCAACUCAACAACUACUGAUCACGGUGGAGGAUAGUCUCAUAUUAGUAGUUGUUAUAUUUUUGCUCAUUUUACUUACAAUGACUACCAAUAUUCAUACUAAUGCAUCUAAUCAUAGUUUACAUCUUUUUACUGUUUUAAAGUUGAUCAUCAACAGAAUAAUUCAAACCCAUAAGUGUAUUUACUAAUCUAUCUAACCAUGACAUAAUCUUAUGAAUAUUGAAGAAUAUAUGACAUUUGAUUUUAUACCUUAAGUUUUUUCUACCUUUGAAUUUUCAGAUGUAUUGAAUCUAAACAUAUGAUUUUAAGUCAAAGAGCUUGUCAGAUCUGACUGUUUAAUUCCUAGAUUAAACUGUUCAAUCGUUAUUUUCUUUGCAGUUUAACAACUAACAGCUGGAACAGUAGGUAGCUCAUGCUUCUAAUAGUUGAAUAUUCUCCUCUAGAGGCUGUACACAUAGUUUAAAUAUGGAAAAUUCUAGAAGAUUUUGUUUUACUUUAGGUGAUUAAGUGCUUUUCUCAUUGGUUAACCCUUAUCUACAAAUUUGAAUGGAAUUUUACUUUCUGUGGAAUAAAAUAGCUAAACAUAAAGCUUCA